AUGCGCGAGCAUGUUGAAUCGCACGUGGAAGACGUGUCUUUACUGGCACAGCCUCUACAUUUCGAAAUUUCCGGCAGGACUGCCAAAAAUCGUUUUUUGAAAGCGGCCAUGAUAGAAAAACUCUCGUCCUGGUCAGUCACGGACCUUCAAGCAUGCGGGAUACCCUCACCAGAGCUGGCUCAAGUAUAUCGGCGCUGGGGAGAAGGCGGAGCGGGUGUAAUCCUGACUGGUAAUGUCAUGGUGACCUUUCAAGAUAUCGAGGCCCCAGGAAAUGCCAUAGUUCCGCUGGAAGCCAAUUUCCAUGGCGAACGAUUUGGAGGCUUCAGAAGGAUGAUGGAGGAGGCCCAAAAAACACGGCAGCUUGAUAUUGGCGCAGGUCUCGCAUGCCGGCCAAAUCCCAUCUCGGCGAGCGACGUACAACUUCUCAAGAUCGACUUUCCAGACGUGAAGUUUGCGAGGCCUCGUGCUGCGACAAAAUCGGAGAUCAAGGAUGUCCUGGGUUGCUUCCCACCCGCCGCGAUCUACCUCCACAAAGCUGGGUUCGAUGGCAUGGAGCUGCACGCAGCACACGGAUACUUGUUGUCUCAAUUCAUUUCCGAAGCCACCAACCACCGCGACGACGAACACGGUGGCAGCAUCGUCAAUCGGGCUCGAAUCGUCAUUGACAUCGCCAAAUCGAUUCGUUGCCAGCUUCCUGGCUCUUCUGGCUUCAUUCUUGGUGUCACGCUCAAUAGCGUGGAGUUCCAAGAACACGGGAUCGAUCCGGAUGGGUGUAAAGAGCUCUGCAAACUUCUAGAGGAUGUAGAAUUCGACUUUGUCGAGCUUUCGGGCGGGAACUAUGAAACAAUAUCCUACACCUACACCCUCCGGGAGUCCACCAAGAAAGGCGAGGCUUUUUUUUCCUCGAUUUCGCCGAGAAAAUAA